AUGCCUCCUUGCACUAGCCAGAAGAAAACAAAGUGUAAAGCUGUGGAUUCUGAUGGUCAAGCAACUUCUGCAAAGAAGUCGCAUGCUGGGGCUGAGGCAUCUGUAGUGUUGCAGCAGUCAAUUUCUGCAGACAAACCAUCAGCUCGACGUUCUGGACAUCCUGGUGCAGGAAAAGGAGGUAGGGCAGAGCAACUGGAAAAAAUUAGUGCUCUCUUAGAUGCCCCGGCAUGGACUACUCAGCCCAAGGGCUCCACCUCCCUUGACUUGGAUGUAUCUACCAAUCCACUUGCACCCAAACUGCCUCACAAAGGUCGUGGAAGUCGCCCAAAGGCAGAAACAGUGGUGGAUCCUGUAACUUCUAAAACAGGGAGGAAGAAAGGUACUAGUAAAGUGAAGAAUAACGCUCUCACUCCUACCACUGACUCGGAUGUAUUGACUACUAUCAAUCCUGCUUUUUCUCAUCACCAUCCUGGUGGCCAGUUUGGCUUUGUGCAGUCAAUCAUCCCUCCUGGCACAGAGCCUGACUUGCAAGCACUCAAUAACUCAUUUGUAGCAGCUGCCAUGAAACAACAUGCUCUUUUCUACAAGAACCUGGACCCUGCUCUAUUGUCAGCUGAAGAUGUACAUUCAGGAGCAGGAGAUACUGGAUCUGAAAGUUCAGAGGCAUCUGCUGAUGACAACAAUGACAAUGGAGGUCAUGCUGAUGAUGAUGAAGAGGAGGAGGAGGAGGAAGAAGAAGAAGAAGACGAAGAAGAAGAAGAAGAAGAGAAGAAGAAAGAAGAAGAAGAAGCAGAAGAAGAGGAAGAGGAAGAAGAAGAAGAAGAAGAAGGCGAUGUUGAUGUCGAAGAUCAGGAGGUCAGAUGGGGAGCUGCGCAUGGGCACCUUACUGCGCAUCCUGGGUUCUCAAAGGAAGUUGAGCCCUCACAACCUUGGGUCACCACUGCUCUUCCAAGUGACUUCGAGUUUCAACACUCACGUGAUGAGGAUGAAAACAUGGCCGAGAAGAAUUUAGUAGCUGACACGUCCAGCGAUGAGGAUACUAUGAUCCAGCCCGCAGAGCAUAAUCCUGAUGAUGUUCUACGGCUUCACCAUAAGCGAAAUGGACAUCCCCACCUGCCUGAUCCUGCAGUCCUCGAUCUUUUGCGUCAGGCUGAGACCAAACCUUCCGAUUCAAAGUCAAGUGAUUCGAAUACCAAAGCUCAUAAGGUAUCAGCCAAGAUAACAGGUGAAGGGCCUAAGGCUACACAGCUGGGUUGGUAUAGUCCCCAUUGGAAGAGGUUCCUUGAAGAAAUGAAGGGAGAGUGCCAUGUCCAGCAUGCAAUAGAGAAUCCAUUCCCGACCUUCAUUGAUGGCUUGUCAGGAACCGUCCCUAAGAUCCUCACAGCUUUGCUUGUACAAUGGCUUGAAAGCGGUCAACAAGUUGAAGGCAAUAUUUGGCCUGAUCACAAGUCUGACAUGGCCAAGCUUCUGUUUGAAGAUCUAUCAACAUGGCGCUCAGACCUCAAGAAAACCACUAUUUGUAUCACACCCUCUAUGUAUGACCUUAUCCCACCAUCUCAUGUUCCCCCCAAGAAUGUGCUACUCUUGGGAAAACUCGAAACAUUGCUCAUCCCACACUCCGCGAAGCCAGCACUUCGUUCUUUUACACUGGGUCUUAUUGUGUUGCUUGCAGGAGACCCGAGAUUUUCUUUUAAUUGUGUCUUUGACGGCUUAGUCAAGAACAGUAAUGGAAAGGUAUACCCAAAGUUUUCUGCCAAGGAGUACAAAUCAAUCUAUACCAGGAUGGUCGGGCUACUCAACAAUAUCCUUCAGGAUCCUUAUCACGGACCAAAGUUGGUAGAACAGCUUCAUUUGGCAGAGUUCUUCAAGGUCGAUGGCAAUAAUGUUUUGAAGCAUCAUCAUCUACAAGUCGUGCUUGAUUGA